AAGCACGCUUCUUGCUUCUUUUUUUUUUUGGCACUUACCUUAAAAAGUUGGAUUUUAUUGAUAUAAUCAGAUCUCCCUGGCAGGUGAAAAUGAUGUCCAGAGCUCCAAGGUGGCCUGAGAAGCUGGUGAACAACACUAAGAUCAGCAGAGUGGCAAAGGAGCCAUCAUGUUUGACGGUGUCUUCAUCCAGUGGAGGCAACAUUGCCAGCAAAGCCAGCUUCAAUGGUGGAAGGAGCACCAAGAUCUUCAACAAGACUUUGAAGAAACCAAACCACCAGGUUUCAUCAUCUCCUUCAUCCAAGCCCGCUCUGCAGCUUUGUAGCAGCCGGAGCUUUUCUUCCCUGCACACCCCCUCUCUCUAUGCCGCUCCAUGCAGGAGGAGCAGUCGCUCCCUCAACAGACUCGACCAGAGAUCCACCAGAGACGAAAGUGAUGUUGUGGCUGCAGAUUCUACGGUAAAGAUCGGAGCAUUCUGGUCCUCAGCCCAACAGCCAAUCAGGACAAACAAAGAGCGGAAGGAAAAGAAGCGAAUGAGCAGUUCAACCGAGACAAUCAACUCGUCUUGCUCUGAGCGCUCGACCACGACACGUCUUCAGAACCAAGUCAGGAACGAGCACAAAGAUGCAGUGGCUGCUGGGAUUAAACACAAUGUGGUCCAAACAGUGCUGAAAAAUGUGAAACCCCCAAUCCUUCCUGCAAGUCCCCAGCUGGAAGGAAACGCUGAGGUGAGUUCCAAAGUAGAGCAACAAGACAGCUGUUUCCAGGAGAACCACAUCUGUGAUGGUGUCCGAGAGUCACACAAGCAAGAAGAGGAACAGGGAGAGCUGAAAUCCCAGCAAAAGAUGGCUGCUGACAUGAACUCCUCAACUGACUCUUCGUCUUCUGUCAGUCCUGCACAGCAGGUGGACCAAGAGUGUUCAAUACUUUCACCCGCAUGUGCUGAGGUGAUACAGACAAACGAUGAUAUUUCUGAUCAGCAGCGUAUCUGCGAGAAACAAACGGAGCAACUUGUCAAAGAGCUGGAAGAAACACAGAAAGAAGUGUCUCGACUGCAACAGUCAAACACAAACCUGCAACAGGAACUACAACAACAGCGAGAGAGUCAUUCAAGAGAAAAGAAAGAUCUUCUGUCCAACUCCAAGUCCCCAUCGGAGCCAACUUUGACUCUGCAGCAACUGCAGAAGGUAAACCGUGACCUCCGCGCUGAGUUGGAUGCACAAAAGAGGAAACAGGAGGAAGCCAGGGAGGCUGAGCUUCGUCAAAGAGUUGACCAUUUAGCUCAACAAGCACAGCUGCUUGUGACGGGGGACGCCACAGCGCUUGCGCAGGCACAUCUAGAGCAAGAACGGCAAUGGUUCAUUGAACAGCGGACGGAGUGGGAGCGUACUGUCACCUCCUUGAAGAGCCAACUGAGUAUCAGUGAAGGGAUGCUGAAAGAGUCUGAGACGCGUGCGACACUGCUACAGGAGCAGUCUCUGAGUCAUCACGCUCUCCAAGCGGAGGCGGAGGAGCUAAGAAAGGCUCUCCAAGAGGUCACAACACAACUUCGAACCAACGAAGAGACACAGGCUCAAAAAGAAACUCUUCUGCAGAAGCACCUCAUGCUCCUUCAAGCCAGCCAGGACAGAGAACGACGGAGUUUGUCAGUCAGCUUGGCGCGGGCAGAACAACACUCCCAAGAACUUCAGGAGAGAUUGGUCACGGCUGAGGAGCAGGUGGACAGCCUGAGUAAAGACCAAAUGUGGAAAAGGGAUGUUGAGGAAGCUCAACAUAAACUCAAAGAGGAGUUAGCUUCUUCUCUGGCUGUUGUGCGAAGGUAUCGCAAUGAAAAAGAGGAGCUGGAGCAACAAUGUCAUGAGCUGCAGAACAUGUUGUUUGGGGCAGAAGAAGAAGCGCGCAGGCUGCAGAGUUGCUUGAAAAAGGAAGAAGCACAUUUCCAUGAACUUAACCACUCAUACCUGGCAGCUGGAGAGCAGCUGAGGGGGGUUUUGCAGAAGGUGCAGCAAAAGGAGGCUGAAACCCAGGACAUGCGUGAAGGCUUUGAGAAGCUUCUCAACAGGAAGGAGCAGGAGCUGAGCGAGGUUCUGCUGAAAAUGGAAGUCUUAGGCAUUAGCCUGGAGGAAACUGAAGCAAAACUCAGUGAGGUGCUUGACAAUUGUACCUGUGCCACAUCGCACCUGGAGAAUGAGUCUACAGAGACGGGGCCGGACAAUGAAGAUUUGGUACACCAGUCAGCAGGUGAUAGCCAAUCAGAGGAAAGAGACAAGUUAAGUAGCAGCUCAAAUGACCACGAGCAUCACUAUUAUCAUGCAAGAGUCCGGUCCCACUCACUCGGUCCAUCACACCAGUACAUCAUCACCUCAGGAGACGAUCCAGAAAGGUUUACGACCGUGAUCCAGUUACUAGAAACCAAGCUUUUCGUAACAGAAGAAAAGCUAAGGGAAAUCACUCAUCAACUAUCAGAACACCAAGAGGAACACCACAUGACCCUCCAGGAUCCUCAGCUCUACUCCCAGCUCACUCAGAGCCAAUCCUCUGCCCAGCAUCUCAAUCUGCUGCUCCACAGCCGAGCGGAGCAGAGCCAACGCUUCGCUAAGGAGACGGAUAACCUCUGCAGGCUUUUAUCUAACCGCCUUCAGGCUGCGCUGCGCGUCAUACAAAGCUGCAGUGAGACGCUUCAAACCAGCACCACCAUCGAGUUGAACGACUUUGAGAGGAAACUAACUGCUGUUGCGGCGUAUCUUCAGCAAGGGAGGGAAGACGCGGCAAAACACCAAUGUGCAUGCUUUAAUGCCUGCAAAGGAGAGGAUGACAUCCUCAGUGAGGCUUUGGUAGAACUUUCUGACAACAUGUCAAGCCCUGCUGAAUGUUUGAUGAGAGAAUUGGUUGUAGUAGAAAAAAUGGUGACGGCCCUUCAGAGUCCAGAUAAUCAACUCGAGUCUUUGAUGGCAGGAGAAAAUUAUAUAGGUGUGGCGCACAGGUAUGAACUUAUCCUCGCUCACAUAGGAACCUUAAAGAAGACAGGAGGGUCUAGUGUCCUUAGUGUCAUCAUUAGCGCCUGCACUGAAGCAGAGCUCAUUUAUGCUGCCUUUAAAAUCCAGCAGCAAUGUCAGGAAGACUAUCAGGAGUACAAUGGCAAAAGGGAAGGCCUCGCACACCCUCUGGAGUUGGCUUGCUACGAGGAGCAGGGAGAGAAGAGAGAGGUAACACCUGCUGCUAAAAUGCCACCAUGGUUGCAGAAACUGAUAACCAGGCUGCAAAAAAGAGCUAGACUGUUGUGGCAGCUAAGGCAGGAGGUUCCAGGAACGGAGGGUCACUUGGAAAUAGACGCUCCGGUAAACAUCAACUGGAUGCAGGAGCAAGCAAAGCUGGUUUAUCUGUCAGAAAGGCUGUUCUUAGAUUUGGAGCAGGAGCAGCAGAGAUGUGUGGUCUUGCAGGACAAACUGAAGGCUUUGGUCAAACAGCAGGAGGCUUUAUUAAUGGACAAACAAAAGGCUUGUAAUCACACCUGAACUGGACUUCAAGACUGAGGGAGGAACUAGAGGGCCCGAUGUUAUCCACAGAUACUGGAAACCUCCAGAGAGUCAAAGAACACCAACAGAGCAUUGAGGAUGACCAUUGGGAAGAGCCAAACAUUGUCUUCAGAUAAGAGUCAUGUUACUUUAGAGCAGUGGUUCCUAACCUGGGUUCAAUCGAAACCUAGGGGUUCUGUGAGUCGGCCUCAGGGGUUCGGCGGACCCUCCGCCGCGGAGGUCGAGACACACCCGACUCAUCGUGUAAAUAAAAACUUCUCCCUACCGGCUUAUUAUGGAUACGGCAACAGCAGAAGUCAGACUGAUUUGCAGGUGUGUCAUUUGUUGUGAGUUCAUGCACCUUGUUGGUUUUGUUCUUUGAACAAGGUGAUGUUCAUGUAUGGUUCAUGUUGUGCACCAGUAAAAAAACAUAUAACUUUGUCUUGAAUUUGAAAAAUAUAUAUAUAUAUAUUUUUUUUUCACUAAAGAAGGGUUCGGUGAAUGCGCAUAUGAAACUGGUGGGGUUCGGUACCUCCAACAAGGUUAAGAACCACUGUUUUAGAGUAAUAUUACUGGUAGUCAUCCAAAUAAUUAUUUGAGUAGGAGCCGUGCUUAUAAACUUGAAAACCACGCCCAUACCGGCUGGGUGAGAGCAUGGUCCUAGUGCCUGCCACAAUGUGCUACAUUACCCACAAGGCUUAGCACUGUAGACAAGGACAGGAAGUAUAAUUGUUCCGUUUAAGCAAUAAAGAGUUAUUUUGUUACACGUUGCUGCUCCUGUUUCGUCCACACAAGAAACAAACUAAAUCAAAACAAGAUUAGACUUCUUUGA